GGAGGCAGGGGCUGCACGGAUUAGCGGACUGGGGGGAGGUUUGCACCGGUCCUCUUGCGAGGAUCCUCCUGCCCUGCAGCUGGUGGCGUGCAGCCGCUGCCUCCCCCUGCCCUGCGGUUGCGCCCAAACCUCCAGCCCCCGGGAGUAUCGUGCCGCCAGGAGAUGAAAUGCAGCUGAUGUACACCCACCACCAGCAGCCCCAACACUCACCCCAGUGGGUAAUGCAGACCUUUCUCCACCCCCACCUCCUCUCCUCUCCAAUCAGGCUCUACUUUUCUUAGAUCCGAGAUCCUAAAGGUAGUGACACCGCCGUUACAUCUUCACAGAACAUGCUCGUUGUCGAGGGUUGUCUCCUGUAGAAAUGAUAAAUGCCCCAGCCUCACUCUCCAAGUCUGUCUUCACGAUUUAAGAUCCCAUACGCCCUUCUUUGGAGGCCAGUCUUUGAUCCCAUCUAGUAUCCACCUUCCCACCGCCCCCCAGCAUACACGCACGCGUACUUCCUGAUUGCGGAACAGCCCCUGUCAUCGCGAAUCCAUUGUCGGGAAUGGCUUGUGCCAAUCAAAGGAAUGUGGUUUUGCCUUUGGAGAAGGGUGCUUUCCACAACCAUGUUCUCGGGAUGUUCCUGAAUAAGAUGCUCCAAGCCAUUUGCAGCUCUCUUCAGAAGAAAAAUCGCUAGUGCUCUGCUCUUGCCAUAAUACCAAACCUUUUUGACUUAUGCUUUGGUGCUGUAACACUGGAAGAAUUGCGCACAGAUUCCAGGAAGAUCUUUUUCAUUUGAGUGAUUCUUUAUGGAUGGAAAAAGAUUGGAGUCUUAAUAGUUACCCUGUUUUAUUGCUAUUUCUCUGUAGUCUGAACUGCUUAAUAAAUUGGGCCACUUACCAAUGAGCCACGUGACCAGUUCUUGUCAAGAGCUGGUUGAAAAUUGUGCUGUGCAUGUAGCAGGGAUGGCACAAGAAGAUAGUCGUCGUGGUCAAGUGUCAUCUACCUUUUAUCAUGGUGCCAACCAAGAACUCGACCUGUCCACCAAAGUGUACAAAAGGGAAUCAGGAAGUCCUUAUUCUGUGUUAGUGGACACCAAGAUGAGCAAACCACAUCUCCACGAAACAGAGGAACAGCCAUAUUUCAGGGAGACAAGAUCAGUGUCCAGCGUGCAUGCUGUUAAAGAAGACCAGGAGAAUUCUGAUGACACAGAAGAGGAGGAGGAUGAAGAAGUCUCUUACAAAAGGGAGCAGAUCAUAGUGGAGGUAAACCUUAAUAAUCAAACAUUAAAUGUAUCUAAAGGGGAAAAGGGUGUCUCUUCUCAGUCCAAAGAGACUCCUGUUCUUAAGACAAGCAGUGAGGAUGAAGAGGAAGAGAGUGAGGAAGAUGCCACAGAUGACAGCAGUGACUAUGGAGAGAACGAAAGGCAGAAGAAAAAGGAGAAGAUAGUGGAGAAAGUCAGCGUUGCACAAAGGAGAAGGAGGAGAGCUGCCUCUGUUGCUGCAGCUACCACUUCCCCUACUCCCAGAACUACAAGAGGUCGUAGGAAGAGUGUAGAGCCACCUAAGCGUAAGAAGCGGGCCACAAAGGAGCCCAAAGCACCAGUGCAGAAAGCUAAGUGUGAAGAGAAAGAGACUCUGACCUGUGAGAAGUGCCCCAGGGUGUUUAAUACUCGCUGGUACCUGGAGAAGCACAUGAACGUUACUCACAGGCGCAUGCAGAUCUGUGAUAAAUGUGGCAAGAAGUUUGUCCUGGAAAGUGAGCUGUCCCUUCACCAGCAAACAGACUGUGAAAAAAAUAUUCAGUGUGUUUCCUGUAACAAAUCGUUCAAGAAACUCUGGUCCCUUCAUGAACAUAUCAAGAUCGUCCAUGGAUAUGCAGAAAAGAAAUUUUCCUGUGAAAUUUGUGAGAAGAAGUUCUAUACUAUGGCUCAUGUGAGGAAACACAUGGUUGCACACACAAAAGACAUGCCAUUUACAUGUGAAACCUGUGGAAAAUCAUUCAAGCGCAGUAUGUCACUCAAGGUGCACUCCUUGCAGCAUUCUGGAGAGAAGCCCUUCAGAUGCGAGAACUGUGACGAAAGGUUUCAGUACAAGUACCAGCUACGCUCCCACAUGAGCAUCCACAUUGGGCACAAACAGUUCAUGUGCCAGUGGUGUGGCAAGGAUUUCAACAUGAAGCAGUACUUCGACGAACACAUGAAAACACACACUGGAGAGAAACCCUUUAUCUGUGAAAUCUGUGGCAAAAGCUUCACCAGCCGCCCCAACAUGAAGAGGCACCGCAGAACUCACACAGGCGAGAAGCCCUAUCCAUGUGAUGUGUGUGGCCAGCGGUUUCGCUUCUCCAACAUGCUUAAGGCCCACAAGGAGAAGUGCUUUCGGGUGACCAGCCCUGUGAAUGUGCCACCUGCUGUCCAGAUCCCACUUACAACUUCCCCAGCCACCCCAGUUCCUUCUGUGGUGAACACACCCACAACCCCAGUCCCUCCAAUCAAUAUGAAUCCUGUAAGCACUCUUCCCCCUCGGCCUAUCCCCCACCCCUUCUCACACCUUCACAUCCACCCACACCCUCACCACCCACACCACCUUCCCAUCCCUCCAGUCCCUCACCUCCCCCCACCUCCAGCUCUCUUUAAGAGCGAGCCUUUAAAUCAUAGAGGCCAGAGUGAGGACAACUUUCUGCGGCACCUGGCGGAGAAGAACAGUUCAGCACAGCAUCAUUAACAUCCGUCUCCUCAAGUGUGUUCUCCAGGAAUUGAGUUCCUAUAUGUGACUUGCAAGGAGGGAGUUGGUGAGCAUUUCUGUAGCUGUCAGACUCUCCUCAGCCCUCACCAAGAGCUUUGCCAUUGUCUUGGUAGAUCAGAAGAUCCAAGGGAAUGAACCAGAAGACAACCUUGAGCUCCCAGAGGAAACUGUCAUCUAACCAGGGGAACCACUGAACUAACGCCCAAUUUGCUUGCAUUUUCUGGUGACUUUUAUAAAUUUCAAAUACUAAGACUUGUGAAAUUUUAUAAUUUCAUAUCAGCUGAUGAGGUAUGCUUGCUUUUAUAUCCUGGACUUCUCCUCAAAGAGGGGACAGGCCUGGUGUCCUUUGUACUAAUCGGGAAGGCUGUGAGAUUAAUCCAGAGCAUUAAUUGUAUCACUGUGUAUCGUAAGGAAUUCUUUUCAGCUUUUGGUGCUGGCUGCAGUGUUGGGCUGGCCACGUAUCACAGUAUAUCAAGCAUUAUAGAGAAAGACAAAAAUUUUCUUCUUUGUGUAGCUCUCCUAAUGCACUCUUUAUUUUACUACAGAAAUUAUUUUAGAGUUUUUGUAUAGACUUCUUUAGUAGUCUGUUUCUAAAAUGGAAAUGUAUUUCAAUAAGCGGUGUAAUUUUUUCAGUGUAGCUGGACCUAUGUUGUAAAAUAGAAAAAAAUUUUUAUAAUCAUCAAAAUGUGAUUCUUAAAGAUGGAUAUAACUUCUAUAGUUCAAAAUUAUUCUUACAUCCGUACAACGCAAAGGUGCUUCAGAGACUAGAUGUAUCUGAGAGGGUCUCCAGACCAGGUUACUACAAAAAUGAGGUUUUGCUUUCAGAACUUAGCAUAUGUUCUUGGUAGUUUUGAUUCCCUACUUAAUACUUAAAUGCCUGUUAGGCUCACUGACGUGCUCCUGUCCUCCGUGUUUCAUUUGAUUUAGUCAGUGCGUGAAGUGAACUGAGUUGCAGAGGGUUGGGCCUUGUUCUAGGGAGGUCACCUAAGAGCUGGCAUGUUUUGAAAAUCUGAGUAAAGCUGUUCACCAUCAAGAGGAGGAAGUAGUGGAGAUUGUUUCAUUUCAGUCACACCUAUUGCUCACGUCCUUUUAUGGGAUGACAGAUUAAGUCUCCUGUAAUACACUGCCCAUUUUGAGGUUGCUUUAUUUUUUUAGAAUUGUUGUAAGAAGAUAAAAUAGUAAACUGAAAUCACAAACAAUGUUGCUGAUAGUGACUGAAGAGAAAUUGGGUGAGAACACAAAUUGGACACGAGUUUUAAACUAUCGGUUAUAUCACUGAAUAUAUCCACAACUUUGAGCUAUACUAACACGAUUUAACUUGUAGUGAGGGAAACUCCGAAGUUCUGCUGCUCUGUUUUCUGCAAAUAAUUACGUGAUCCUGUCGUUCAUAGCUGGUAAGGACAGCAGCCCUCCAAUACCUUUUAGGCAGGUUAGUUUUUUAAAGUUUGGGGAACUUCAAAAGAGAAUGGUCAAUCAGGAGCCUGUUACAGGAAAGGCUGAACAGAAGGACUCACACGCUGGUUAUAUUUAACUGAUCAGUUGAUCCAGACCUGACUCAGUACAGCUAACUAACACUUUUGUAUUUCUUCAUCUUAGAGAACUGAGUUCUAGCCAAGGCUAGAUCUCUCUCUUUUCAUUUUUUAUCUUCAAAUUCGUUCAUUCCUCCUUUUUUCCAUGGGCUAUUGAAUCAUUGCCUGAAUCGGAAUCCUGGCUUUUAUUUAUUUUUAAUUUUUAAGUUAAAUGUGCAGAUAUGCUUCAAGCACUUUUCUGGCUGAUUAACUCUGUGGUAAGAGAGAAAAUGGAACUCUUUCGAUUGAAGCUAAGUUACUAUUUUAAAAAUAUCACAUUCUCUAUUAGUAUUUUGGUUUAAUAUUUCCAGAUUUCUUCCUUCUGAUUAUUGCCUUUGUCUUCUAUAGUGAGCAUAGGAAAAUUUUGGAAUGAGGCAGAGAAGUACCUCAGACAUACUUUUCUUCCUGUUUUGGAUGUCGGUUUUAAAGAAUGUUAGUAUUUGGUAUACCUGGGUAUAUCCAGGUACCCAAGCCAGCAAGGAAAGUUAAUUCUUUGCUUAUGACUGUUAUAUAUUUAGUAGCUACUGCUCCCCUCCCCCCAGUCUCCUUUGCAUUCCAUGACCAGUUUGUGAAUCUACAUUUUUACAUAGACAUGUCACUAUUUCAUGAUCAAGCCUGUUAUAUUAAAAUGGUUGGGGGGGGAAAAAGAUGUAAAUUAUACCUCAGUUAAUUGGCUAUAUCUUAUUUUGUUCUAAAUAAAUUUACAGUAUUAGGCAGCAAUUCCGAAUUCUAGACUUGAGAUCACUGAAUCAACCAUUUAAUUUAAUGAGGUGUACUAUAAUUAUACACUGGAAAAUUCAGGUAGUCAUCUUUGAUUUUUACAUUCAAGUGAAUAUAGCCAUAAGAAAAUAUCUGCUAUAUAGGAAAACAAAAGUAUUAAGCAAAUAAUCACCACCAUCCUUAACAGAAGCAAAAAGGAUUUUUUUAAAAAUCGGCAUUGUCACACAGUAUAAUUCUUACUGAAAGUGUUGUGGAACAGUCUGUAAACACCUAGUUUUUUUCCCCUGACUUAGGACUUGUGGUCUUCAGGAGAACUGCUCAGAAACUUAAUGACUCCUUAUCAGUGUCGUAUUAAAUGUGAAUAAUGAAAUGCAUUAAGAAUCUUCAUGACAUUAAUGCUUCCGAAUAUAAGAACUGCAGGAUUAAGCCUUAAACAUACGUAUCGUCAGGUUUAACAUGCUCAAAACUCAGACUCAGGGUUGAAAAUUUGGUUGGGGUCCUUUACGACGAUAAAAGGUGCGUUACAUGGCAUGUUCCCUCCCACAUACGCUACAGCAUCCUGUGACUUCUUCAGAACUUAUCACCUACUUGCUAUCUGUUUGUGAAUAGAAGACCUAUGGAGCAGUUUGAGUUCUCAGCCUUUAUCUGUACUUAUGUCAGUCUUUUAAAGACAACAAAGGCCACAUUUCAGCAUUAUAUUGAUAUCAGUUGAGGCUGUCUCCCAUUACUUAAUUGUACUGUCUUCAAAGGCUUGUAUCAUUGCUAGGAGUAAGACCUAUUUGAGGAAAAUUCACAGGGACUUUUUUGAGUUGACGUUGCAUUUUUGUGUCAUUGCAUCUCAUUAUUCUUUUCUCAUUGAUUUAUCAUUCAAAUAUAAACUCUUCUUGGCCUUAAUGAAAGGCUACUGCUUUAUCAAAUUGUGUCAGGUAGGCUCAUGCUGAGUUAGAUUUUAAAAUUUGAAUAAAGAAGAUGAACAGCUUAAAUGCAUGUGGCUUCGUUUCCACAUAUAUUUGUGAUUUAAUUCUUAUUUUUAGCAAGCAGGGGAGGCUUCCACAUAAAACUUAACCAUAGUUCAAAGAAACCUUUGCAAUUCAGUUACUUAUACUUUUAUAGUCCACCAUUUACAUGAACUGUUUUAAAUUAAUGACUGAGCAUGGACGUUACCAUAGUUGUACCAUCUUUCUAAAGCUACACUUGCUGGAAAUACCUUUUAUUGUGGUAGAACUCUCCUAUAAUUUGAUUGUCCCUCAGUGUCCUUCCUCACUGAAGGCAAAAUGCUCUGAAGAGAUGCUUGUAAACUUUGAAUUUCUUACUUCCUGAAAAAUUUUUUUAAAGUUUUUAUGUUUACUGAAAGGAUGUGUAUGUCUAGUUUUAUUUUGAUUUCACUGGAAGUUUUAAAUUUUGAAAAAACAAAGCAGAGAUAGAAAUCCAUUGCUAAUGUAUAUAUAUUUACGCCAUCUUGCAGAUUUCAGUUAGUAAAACAGAAUGGUGGGUGGGUUUUAAUGUUUUUUUUAAAAAAAGCUAAAAUUAGAGAAACCCUUCUGUUUGAGCUACUGUAUAGAAAAGACAACUUUUAUUGCAUUGCCGACUCACGUGAUGAGCAUUUUGAUGCUGUCCUAGACAGUAUGGGAAGUAUUUAAUGCAAAAGGGGAUGUUACAUUUAAAAAUUUUAUCAACUAUCUACCAUUAAAAAAUCAACUCACUUUAAUUCUUCCAACUGUAAAAUUGAACAAGCAAAUAUUGGGUUUUAAUUUUCCUUUGUCUAAACCAAGAUAGGAAAUUUCUCAAAAGAUCCUUUUUUCAGGAGCGAAAGGUCAUAAGCCAUUAGAGAUAGUGGCAUUAUUAUGCAAUAACAGCACCCUAACUAACUAACCUGCUCCUGUUAUCUGUAGCAUGUGUAAUAAAUAAUGACCUUUCAACCCUGAACACUACCUCGAUAAAGCAAACCAGAGAUCCUCUCUAUACUUUCUAUGGAAGCCAUAAAAGUUGCCAUCAAUAUAUCCACUUUACAGUUCUAUACUUUUAUACUCUCUAGACUUUUUAUAGACUUUACGAUCAGAUCUUUUUGUCUUAGAGGAUAGGUUUUGCAAGAUUCAAAGGAAAGUCAAAUUCCUUGGUUGUCCCAACUUUAAAGAUAAUGUACCAUUUCUCAAAUUCUCCAUUUAAGUCAAAACUAUUUUGCAGAGUUGCAUAUCAGGAAAACAAACUUCUCUUUCUUGUUUCUUAAGUAGAAGCUACAUUCUUGUAAGAAACUACUUAUGAAGUAGAUUUCUAACUUGAUGCUCUAUGUGUUAUUCAAUAACGUAUGUAUUGUCACAAUGUUCCUGGAGUUGUUUUUAUUUCUUUAUGGCAGAUAAGUGAGUAUACACCUCUCUUCUAAUCCUCUGUUUUCUCACUGCAGCUUCAGUGUCUCUCACUCUGUUCUUGAGUGCCUUCAAAAAGCCAGCAUCCUGGAACAUUUUCUUCCUGGUCUAAAUCCUACCUCUGAUUAUUUCAUUCUCCAUGAGUAUUGGAAUUCACCCUUAUUCCAAUUGGUUUAGCUCUACAGACUAGGUGUAAAACCUUGGAUAUUAAUUUUGAACGUAUUUGUUUUGUUCUCCCAUGUCAUUUAGAUUACAUUUUUAACUUUUAUUUAUAUCUUAUUUCUUCACAUAUUACAGCUCUAAUGAUGAAAGAUUUUAUCCUUAUCUUACUCUUUGCUUUCUUUUCUUUUGCCGGAAACGAGACGUUCCUUUAAGAUGAAAGGUCAUUGCGUAUCUCUUUUGGACAUCUUCUUCUCAUCUUAAGUCUUCCUAAAUGCCUCCCCUUUCUGAGGAAGGGAUCCUGACUGCUGCUGUUGCUCUGCCCUGUUCCCACCUGGUCUCUCUCCCCAAGAACAUUUUGUAAGGUUGUACCCAAUUCUUUUUUUGUAUUAAUUCAGAAUUGCUCUGUGUUUAUCAGAAGUCCUUUAUUGAUUCUUGAUCUCUCUCAUCCCCAUUUCCCUCAAAAACCUCCAGUUACUUGAUUUUCUAGUUUUUCUCAUUUAAUUAAUUUUCAAAGUAUGAUUAAUAUAAUAUGUGAAGGGUAUAAUAAAAAGGGGGUUGCAGUGUGUUCUCCAUGUGAUAUGAGUAUCUUAUUGAGAAAACAUUUUAGCAAUUGGCUCAUCUUUCACAGCCAAAAUUGAAUUUGUGCUUUGUAACCAGUCCCUUGCUCCCUUUUGGUUCUCCUCCAAAACCGAAAACAAAUGAAACUCUUUAAAAUGAGAAAAUUUGAUUAUGUUGUUGUGGUGGUGUUUUUUGUUUGUUUUGUUUUAAGUGAAUGAAAGAAUGCUAUUGGGUAUUUUGGCCUUAGUCAAAAUCUUUUCUUACUGACUUAAAAUCUCACGUCUCUUUUCUUAAAGCUAAUAAUACUCAGGUUUUCAAGACUGACUAACCACAUGAGAGUGGGAGUCUUAAGAAGGCAGCUCUUAAUAAAUUCAUAAUCUUUUGUUCUUGUGAUAGCUUGUUUUUGGUUGGACAGUGCAAAAUUGUGAGAAUUGGCUAUGUUUGAUAAUGAAUAAAUUCAGCACAUUUGAAGGCUAUUUGGGAAGACUAGUUUACAAAAUGCAAAAGAUAGAUUUCUAUGUUACAGAAGUAACAAAGAUUUCUUGUUGUUUUAAAAUACUUUUUGCUUUAAUUUGCCUUGCUUUUCCCCCACUAAUGACCUAGAAAUAGAUCUCUUUCAGGUAGUAACUGGCUACCUACAAUAUCUAAAAUUUGUGGCUUUUCCCUUCAGAGUCCCAGACAAUAAACCAGUGGAGAGCCAUCCUUGGUUCACAUUCUUUGAGACAGACUGUUGACUUGUUUUAUAUCUUUAAUAGGAAACCUUUGGUACAAGUAUCAGAGAGAGUCCUUAUCCCUAAGAAAUGUCCCCCAGAUUUCCACUUCCAGGUUACUUUCACACUAGUGACUUCAGCAUCUCUGGUGAGGUCAGGGAUCUCACAAAUUAUUUGAAAGGGACUUUGGAAGGUGUAGAAAGUAGGCAUGGGACAAGAAUGGGUAGAAGCUGAAUUUUGCUUAACUUCAAAAGGAAACUGAGUAACUUGCAAUGCUAGCUGAUUUGAUCAACUAAAGAGCCUGUCUCUGUACUGGCUGUGCCAAAGAAUCUAAUUGUUUCUGAAUACUAGCUCCUCUGAAUGAACACAGCAUCCUACCUACCUGUUUUUACAGCUGACAGGGACCGUGUGAUCAGAAGGACUGAGACUCCAACUCACUUCCUGCACGGGACUCAAGACUGUGCUUGAUUGCUUUUUAAAGUUGGUGGGAAGUAGUUUAUUCUCCUAGAACCUCUAACCUUCCUAGAAAUACCUUUUCUACGCUUGAUUAUUCAUCUUAUUACUGGGUUAAAAAAGAAACUGUGGCAUAAUUUUGAUGUUUACUUCUAAAGUUGUAUCCCGAGCCUCCGAAAAUCUGAUGGUUUUCUCAAUCUUCCGUGAUAAGUUUCAAUACGUGUUUUAUUUAUUUCUAGACAUGGGCUGUGUGAUUCUCUUUCAUCAGCAGUACUGGCUUUGUCCACAAGGGAGCAAUAAAGUACUAUAGCUUCUUUAUGCUCCACCUUUUGAAGAAAGAUGCCACUUCUAAAUCUCUUUUAUACGAUAUCCUCUCUCAGCUCAGUGCUUCUUUAUAUAUUUUGAUUUUUAAGACAUUUCCCCCCAUAACUAAGUGCAGUCAUUGCCCAGCCCACAGCAAAAAUUGAUGUGAAGGCCCGGAGUGCCUUGGAUUCAUAAAGUGGGUCAGGUAUCUAAAUAGCUUGUUAAAUAACAGUGCCUGGAGAUUAAAAUCCAGGACCUUUCCAUGGAGGAUCCAUCAUGUGCUAAGUGCCAGAGCAGGAAGGCUACUGUCCUUACUUUCUUCCAAGGCUCACCCCCACCACAGACUGUCACAUCUCUGAGAAGGACGAGAGAGACAGGGCUAAGUGUGGAGUAUGAGUGAGGAAAUGCUUUGUCUUCUCUGCUCCAGAUGGAUUAUCUGUUACACCAGGGAGCAAGUCAUCGAGGUCACACACUGCAUUCUGACCUGUGGGAGGUCCCCUGCAGCAGGUACUCCUCCACGUGCAAAUUCCGGUUUGGUGCUUCCUGUCUUGGGGCUCCUUCUCUGGCAGAAUCAGUCACUGGAGCAUCUUCCCAGUAAGCAGGUCAGUAAUCAGCUGAGGGGAAACACCAGAAGUAAAUAUUUAACCUAUAGAGCCAGGAGGUAUUCAUACCUGGAAUGGCUUUCUUAACUGAUUUCUGCCUGAUCCCCUUUCCCCAAGCCAAGUCUGACCCUGAGCAAUACUAGCCACAGGUAGAUAGUGGUGUCUACUCAUAACUCCAACACUUGACAAAAACCAAAACUGAAGCUGUGAUUGGUCUAGGUAGCAGGUGGUCAGGUGUAAUUUGUUUAUUUUUGUUGUUCCCUACAGUACUGAAAUCACUUGCACUUUUCCUCAUUUCUUAAAAAAAAAAAAAAAAUCCAGUUUGCUUGCCAGGAAUUGUUUAGCAUUAGGUUUACAAAGCUUGUUGUUGAAUGUUGAUUAUUUGUCCAAAGGAGUUUGACAAAACAGAAGCUGCUUGGUCCCUGUUCUGCCUGCUAGGUCAUAAGGAUUAAGGCCACGUGGCUGGGGUACUUAUGUCAAGUCCAGAAUAGGGCAGUGUCCCUCUCCUACCUCUCUGCGGAGACACAAUUGAAGGUCAGGUUGGACUUAGUGUAGGGCGGGUACCUCUCAUGCUGCACAGAAGUUUAGAGGAGUCUUUCAGUUGUGGAGGUGACAGGUAGGUAGCACAGGGUCUCUUAAGAUGGGAAGGAUACCAGGGAGAGGAGAGAUGCUUGGCCCCAGGGAGUUGCAGUGAAGUGGAACUGAGCUCCCCUCCUGAAUCUCCAAACUAGCCCACUUUGCUUAGCUUCCCUGAGUCACUUUUUUCCAGCAUCCUGUCAGAUCCCUCAGUGUACUGAUUUUCCCCCUUGUGUUAACUAUUAUCAAUAUUUUUUUUUUUUUUAGCAAUUGAAAUGCACUUUUUUUUUAUUAUUUCAACUCAAUCAUGAUUUUAAGUAUAAAAAAUUUAUAGAUUGUUUAAACUACUUUUUUGUGUAUUUUUAACCACUCGAUGUAGCAUUGUAUAUUUUAUUCUUGUGAGACUCUGGUACAAGGUGUGCCGCUUCAUGAUAUUCCGGAGAUGCUGGGCCUUUGGAUGUGUACGGUAACCAACUUAAUGCUAAUGUUCAAAGUAUAAAAAAAAAAAAAAGUAGCCAUAUCCAUUGUGUGUCCUUCUUUCUUCACUGCAUUUCUUCUUCACCCUUGGUUGACAACAUUGUGAGGCCUCCUUGUUUAAUGAAUUGCCUUUUUGAUGUAAGAGCAACAAUCCUGAUUUGCUAUCAGUUGUUGUUUCUCUGGUAAUGGUAAUGGGCUGCCUCAGCCCACAAACCCUGCCCAGCCUCUUUAUGAAUGAU